UGAAUUAACUAAAGAUCGUUGAAGGGGGAGGGCGUAUCAGGAAAUUCAACACAGACUCUACUCAAAGCCCUAGCCCUAGUAGCAGCAAUGAGCCCAUCUAUCAGAGAAAAGAGGGUUGCAUUGACGGCCACGGCGGUCGCGAAGUCAAAAGGGAUUCAUGGCCUCUCAACACGAAGACGAUGACGAAGACGACAUAGACCCAAUCAAAAUGCUCCUACAGAACAAACUCGAAAUUGACAAUAGAUUACCUACCGAACACGAUGCUGAGGAGACGCAGCGCCAUUACAUCCGCUCGAUCGACUCGACGGUGGUGAUCAGACAGCUCCCAUUCGAAGGUCUCUCAUUCCAGCUCUGGCCAGCGGCGACAACUCUCGUCACUCUCCUCGACAACCAUCGCGUUGACCCUACCAACAUCGCGCUCUCCCGCACUCUAUCAACCGUAUCCAAAGGCCUAGAUCAUCCCAAAAUUAACAUCCUCGAACUCGGAUCCGGCACCGGCCUCGUCGGAAUCGCAGCCGCCUCCAUUCUCGGAGCUAACGUCACGGUCACCGACCUUCCACACGUCAUUUCCAAUCUUGAAUUCAAUAUUGAAGCCAACGCUGACAUUUUGACGCUUCAAGGAGGUUCCGUCCGUGCGAAGCCACUUAGAUGGGGAGAGGCCGAGGAUGUGGAGAAGAUUGGGCGGGAUUAUGAUCUGAUAAUGGCAUCUGAUGUGGUUUAUCAUCAACACCUGUUUGAACCUCUGAUCGAAACCCUACGAUUAUUGCUGGGAGGGGAAGAAAGGAUGGUGUUUGUUAUGGCUCAUUUGAAGAGAUGGAAAAAGGAGUCUGCGUUCUUCAAGAGGGCAAAGAAACUUUUUCAAGUGGAGACCAUACACGUGGAUAAUCCUCGAGAAGGGUCUAGGACUGGGGUCGUUGUUUACCGUUUCGCGGCCAAGCAACAAAAACUGACCAUCUGUUAAAACUAAAAACUGUUGUUGAAUGAUAUCUAUUAUCCAUGUGAGAAAUUUUCACUCUCUCUUUCUUUCUUUUUUUCAAUUUUUCGCAAAUUUCUACAGGCAUUUCUAAGAUCUAUCGUCGCCUCUAAUCCCCAAAUCCAAUUCAUUGUUGUCUCGCGUCGCUGCUGCUAUAGUGCUAUGUACUUAUCCAGUCCAUGACAACUGUUGCUACUGCUAUGUUCUUGUCCAGUCCUUGACAACUGAGAUCUUCCAGGCCGCUGGGAUUCGCCUA